AUGCAAGUCGAAAACGAAGGUCCGCAGCUGAUUGAUUCCAACCAUGUCUCACCUCUGCCCCAUCCUAUCCUCCCCAUACGAACCACUACCGACCAACGCCGCGCCCCCAAAGCUGUCAUAUCGACGCUUUCUCCUCCCAUUGGGCCUCAGCAUACUUUAUAUGCACCAAAUACACUCACACUCACCAUUUCUCAACCCAGAAACACCAGCCCAGUCCUACGUCAUUCCUACACUCCACCUCCCCCUCCCCAAAACGGCUCCCACGCCGUCGUAUCGACACUCUACUCGGACAGCUUCGCCAUCGGCGUCGCCGUCCUCGGGCACUCCCUCCGUAAAGCCAACACCUCCGCCCGCCUCAUCCUCCCAUACCUCCCCACGCGGGUCUCCGCUCCCGCCCUAUGCAUAGUCCGUGCGGCCGGCUGGAACCCGCACCCUAUCGCCCUCAUCCCCCCGCCGCAUAAUGGCAAAGGAAUCCACCACCGCUUUCAGGACCAGUACACGAAACUUACCGUAUGGUCCUUUGACUCCCUGGGAGUGGAGAAACUCGUGUAUUUGGACGCAGACACCCUUGUCCGGAGGAACUUCGACGAGUUGUUCGAGCUUCCGUGGAACUUUGCUGCGGUUCCGGACGUUUACGUCCCCGGGGACUCGCGAGGGUUCGCGUUGACGUUCAACGCGGGUGUGUUGGUCCUCGAGACGUCGACGAGCGUAUUUGAGGAUAUGAAGGCAAAGAUUGAGAGCGCCACGUAUCCCCUCGAACAAGCUGAACAAUCCUUUCUCAACCUCUACUACGCAGCGCGGACCGUGAGGCUGCCAUACAUCUACAACCUCAACCUCGCGAUCAAGAAGCGGAGUAGGACGUUAUGGGAAAGUUUGAAGGGGGAGGGGAAGAUUGUGCAUUAUACGAUUGCUAAGCCAUUUCCUGUGGCUGUAGAUGGUGGGAUAUUGACGAGGGAGGCGGAGGAAGAGGCGUUGAAGAAGGCGGAGCAGGGGAAUGGGGGGUUAUAUGUUGAGGAAAUUGGGUGGUGGAGGGAUGCAUAUGAGUUGAUGCUUUGGGAGAUGGGGGAGGAGAUUGAGAGGUGUCGCACGUUACAGGAUUCAUGACAGGAGGCAAGCAGUCAAAGAAGAAAGAAAUUAGAAUUGUCAUUGGAAAUUUGAAAGGGUAGUGCUAGAUGAGUCAUACUUGCUCCAUUGCCAACAGUGCCUGAAUAUUGAAUGGUCACUCGCUCCUAUGAUGACAUCAUUCAAAAUUGGAUAAAGUCUCUCUUUCUGAGUACAUAAAAUACAGCCCUUCUUUAUCCUCCCCAUCACCAACAGAUCAAAUAUUUCUGUGAGAUCUCAUCAAGUACCCUUUUCAUCCC